AUGUCAGCCUCAAGAAAUGCAAAUCCGAAAAAAACACCCACUACACAAGCUGAAGUUAUGAAAUCUUGGGUUGAGGAACUGAAAUUGAACUUUCCCAAACGUUCUACUACAAAUCCUCUACUCCCUGAAGCCCCCUCACCACCAACAUUACAAGCCGAAUCUCCUUUUCUCCAUGAUGACGGUGACGACGAUACAUGCUCCAACAAUGGUGAACAAUACGACGAGCUCUAUGCUGAUCUUAUCAACGAUCAGGAUGAAGAUGACGAAGCUGACAUGUAUGAAGACAUCCUUCCUAUCGUCAAAACUAUAUCUGCAAAGCAUGUUGCCACAGUCUCGGAAAAUGUAUCUGCAAAUGUUGUUGCUACUGUCUCGAAACCUCAGCAAGAACCUAUCAUCAUAAAACAGGAACAGAUGACUCCAAAGCCCAUAGAUCCUCCUACUCCCACUCUAGCACCUGAAUUUGGUGGUGAAGCUGAUGAAGACGAAGAAGAAGAUAGCGGUGACGACGUACAUGAUCUCCAAUUGAAACUGGAAGAUGGUCCUCCGGUCUUCUUUCCUCCAUUCGACGACAAUAUGGCUUCCUCUCCCGUGACAGAUGCCAUGGUGUUUGGAUCAAGCAGGAGACCUCAGCAUGUCUUUGUAUGUCCUGUUGCAGAUUGCGACAAGUACUUCACUCGUAAAUAUAAUUUAAAGAUACACUAUAAGAUACAUGAUGCAAACAGAACGAAACCUUAUCUAUGCACAUACUGUGAUGUACGCUUUGAUCGUACUCAUGACUUGAUUCGCCAUCGCAAAACUCUCAAGUGCAAGAAAGCUGCUCCUCAUUACCACGCAAACGCUAUGAAGCUCUCAGCUCUGCAUCAGAGUUUUCGACAAACAUCCCUAUUCCCGAUAAUCGUCAAGCGAUGCACCUGCAAACGGAGCAUAUUCAAUGACAUGAAUGACAGGAAUCUACGUAACGGGUUUGUGUUGACUCAUGCGCAGGAACGGAAGGGGUUUGAGAAAUCCAAAGAUUUGAUGGUGGUCUUUGGAUGGUAUGGCAGCAAUGAGAAGAAUUUGAGGCAUUACGUCGCUCUCAACAAUCGCAUGGGAUUUGACACGCUGACACACAUCAGUCCUGCUAAAAUGCUCUACAACCCAAGGGACUUUUUCACGUCCUCGCAGACUCUGUUAUCAAAACUGAUACCCUUCUGGAUUGAAAGACGGAAACAACCAGGCUUCGAAAACGCUGCCGUCAGAUUCCACGUAUUCUCAAAUAACGGGAUGUUUUCAUAUUCGGUGAUGGCACAAACAGUAGCCAUACGUCUAGGAAUCGAAGCUGUGAAUUCACCACUACCAGCACGACUGGCACCAGCGUUCGAAAACAUCCCAACAUCUGAUCUAGAGCUAUUUUGGAAUUGUAUGAACUCACCAGCUUCACGAGUGGUUUGCGAUUCAGCUCCGGCACCGCUGGUACCUGAUCUAAUAGUCAGAGGCCAGAUUGCAAGCCUGUCGGGCAGCAAGGUUGCCAAAUUCUUCGACUUAAAAUACCGAGAAUACAUACCGGUGGUGUCGCCAGCUCUCGAGUUGGCGUAUACAGUGUUUUGCAGGACUCCAUGGAUUAAGCAUUACUUGUCGAGGAUGCAUCUGUCGUUGCGACAAGUGCCGGGGAAUGCAAGCUAUCUGUUUGUCUAUGGGGGAGGUGAUCGUGUGAUUAGAGCAGAGAUUAUAGAGUUCUACAUCAAAGAGUUACAGCAACGAGGGAUAGAUGUUAAAGCCAAGAGAUUUGAGGACUCUGCUCAUGUGUCUCAUUACCGCGAGUACACGAAUGAGUAUACUGAUGUCGUCCGUCAAUUCCACGGUUGUAAAAACCACGGGCCAGUAUAG